UUCAGUUCCAUUGAUGACUACAAAGAAUUCAAAUUUAAUGAAGCCAACGAAGUAAUUUCAUCACAUUGGUAUAAUCCUAAUCGAACAACAGUUAUAUUUACUCAUGGAUUUAGAGGUAACCCCCGAGGGCCAGCAGUAACUGCCGUAAUAAACUCCUACUUGGAACAGGGAAAGAGCAAUGUUGCAUUGUUAAAUUGGGAAAAGUUGGCAGCACCAGUGCUUUCCAACAUGUUCAAUUCUUAUGUAAAUUGGGCUGCAUCUAAUGCUAAAAAGGUGGGGGAAAUGUUUGCUCAAACUCUACAAAAUUUGUCGGAAGCUGGACUUAAUUUAAGUAACACACAUCUAGUGGGCCACUCCUUAGGCGCCCAUCUAUUCGGUAUAGCUGGAAAUAUAUUGUCUAAAGAAGGAACUCAGGUGGCGUGGAUAACAGGUUUAGAUCCUGCUUCAGUUGGGUUCGAGAAUAGACCCUUGUCAUCUAAAUUACACGCGGGAUCGGCUGGCUUCGUAGAUGUCAUUCAUUCGGAUCCUGACCGAUACGGCUAUAAACGACAAAUGGGAACAGUCGACUUCUGGCCUAAUUAUCGAAAUUUCGGGCCUGUCAUACAACCGGGUUGCAGCAAUCGACAACACUCCAUAUUUAGUGCAGAAGACCUAUGUAAUCACAAUAGAUGUUGGCAAAUUUUGGUGGACUCUCUAAAAUAUCCAGGCACCUUAAUAGGGAGGUACGCAGAGAAUUAUAGAAAAUGGAAGAAAUAUUCGCAGGAAGAUAAAGAUGCAGUACUAUUGGAAAUUGGAAUUUAUCAUCAAAAUAUUGUUCCUGGAAAUUAUUACUUCAGAACACGUGCAGAAUCUCCAUAUGGAAUGGAUAAAGAUGGAUUAUAUCCAUAGAAACCCUUGCCAACUUACUUAUUAAUUUAUUUAGUAAUAUUUAAACGAAAUCAAACAAACACAGAAUUAAUAUAGUGUGUAAAAGUUAAAUUAAAUGAAAUAUGAACAUUCGAAAUGUUAAACUAAAGAGACUAAAUAUGUAGUAUAAUGAUUUAAAUAAUAAUAAUUAUAAUUAAACUGCGUUCCACAAAAACCGACUUCAAUUGUGACAAAAUCAGUUAUUUAAAAGCUAAACUACUAAACCGAUUGUGAUAAAAUUUCUAUAGGAUCAAGUAUAUCCUUUCAGAUUAAAAAGAAUUUUCUAAAUCGGUUUGUAACUGACGGAGUUAUAAGGUAACAAACGUAAAAAAAAAAACAAUCGAAUUGAGAAAAGAAAUCUUUUUGAAGUCGGUAAAAAAGAUAUUCUACUCGUAUGUUGGUUUGAGACAAGAAUAAUAAACAUUUACUACAUAUUUAAUAUUAUAUUAUAAAAGGGAAAAUGAGUUUGUUUGGUUUGUUUUUCUUAUUAUCUCAAUAGCUCAACCAACUAACCCAAUGCAAAAUAUAAUGCAUGUUUCAUAAUUUUAUAAAUUAAUCUCAGUAGAAUUCUUUAUACAUUUCAAUGUUUAAUAUCUCACAAAGGCGUUACGCUACUUCAAAUUCAUUAUUAUUAGCCUCGAAGUCUUCAUAUAAAAGUCUAUAUAGAUAUCUCAUAAGAAUUCGCCAUCGAAAUAAUGAGUUUGUCAUUCAUCAAAUAUUUGACAGAUUAAUAACCCGGGAUCCGAAUUUUUUUUACAAAUCAUUAAAACACUUAAGAAGAAAAUGGAUUCUUUGAUGAAGAUGCCAAAUAGAUCCGCAUAUUUGUAUUUCUAGUAGACAUACUUUGUUAUUAAAUCUUAAUAAUAAAAAACGAUAAAGUUUAUAAAAAUGUCUAGAUAUUUGUUACUUGCUGGAUAUAAAUAGUAUUUGGUGCACAGAUUGACACAGAAGUAUUGGUGUAAAUAUAUAGAUCCUGCAAUUGUAUGUAGGUACUUUGUACAUCAAUUUUUGUCUUUAUUUGAGAUCAAAUAGAUUUUCUAAAAAAAAUAUAGCAGGUAAAAUUUACAGUUAUGACAAAGUUAAAGUUAUAAAAAUUACAAAUGG